AUGAGCAACAACAGUUUAAACGAAAAUGAGAAUGCUGGUGCAAUAGCACAUUAUUCAAGAAGUUAGGUUAAAUUAUUAAAUGAAAUCGUUCUUAGGAGUUUAAGAUAACUUAUAGAACUGAAGAAGCAUUAUUAGAAAUUAAUAAUGCCUUAAAUCUUUGUCCUCAGUUUGCAGAAGCCUAUACUUUAAGAAGUUCAAUCUUUAAAUAUCUAUUUAGGUGGAUUAUAUGAGCAGUUGAAGUUAUACGAUAAGGCGUUGGAAGAUAUAAAUUAUAGCAUAUUUAUCAAUAACAAUAAUGCUGAAAGUUAUUAUUAACGGGGUAUUAAUUAGAUCUGAUAAUUUAAGCAACUAUUUAUAGGAGAAAAAAAAAUUUUGAUCUAGCAUUAUAAGAUUGUUAGAGGUGUGUUUUGAUUAAUCCAAACUUUGCCAUUGGAUAUUCUAGAAUGGGUAAUGAGAUAAACAUAAAUGUUUAGGUACUAUAAUGGGAGAUUUGAAAUAAAAGAAUAGUGAACUCUCAUAUUACAAUUAAGCUAUAGAUAAAGAUGAAAACUGCUAUUAUGCAUUUAUGUGUAGAGGUAAUUUAAAUUUAUAUUUCUAGGUUUGUAUUAUUUUGAUGAACAAAUGUUUAAUGAUGCACUUAGAAAUUUCAAUUAAGCUAUAAAAAUAAAUCCAAAAUAUGCUUUAGCCUAUUAUAACAGAGGUAAGUACUUUUACACUUAAUAUAUUAGCCAUAUUAUAUAAUGAUAUUGGAGAAAAAGAUAAAGCAUUAAGUGACUAUAAUCAAGCAAUCCAACUUGAUCCUAAAUAUGUUAAUGCCUAUAAUAACAGAGGUAAAUACUUUUACACUCAAUUUAAUAGGCAAUUUAUAUGAUGAUAUUGGUGAAAAAGAUAAAGCAUUAAGUGACUAUAGUCAAGCAAUCCAACUUGAUCCUAAAUAUGUUGAUGCCUAUAAUAACAGAGGUAAAUACUAUUACACUCAAUUUAAUAGGCAAUUUAUAUGAUGAUAUUGGUGAAAAAGAUAAAGCAUUAAGUGACUAUAGUCAAGCAAUCCAACUUGAUCCUAAUUGUGCAAUGACCUAUAAUAACAGAGGUAAAUACUUUUACACUUAAUAUAUUAGCCAUAUUAUAUAAAUAUAUUGGUGAAAAAGAUAAAGCAUUAAGUGACUAUAAUCAAGCAAUCCAACUUAAUCCUAAUUGUGCAAUGACCUAUAAUAACAGAGGUAAAUACUUUUACACUUAAUAUAUUAGCCAUAUUAUAUAAAGAUAUUGGUGAAAAAGAUAAAGCAUUAAGUGAUUAAAAUCAAUCAAUUUAACUUAAUCCAAAUGACUCAACAGCCUAUUUCCAAAGAGGUGAAUACUAUUACAUCUAAUUUUAUAGGCAAUUUAUAUGAUGAUAUUGGUGAAAAAGAUAAAGCAUUAAGUGAUUAUAAUCAAGCAAUCCAACUUGAUCCUAAAUAUGUUAAUGCCUAUAAUGGAAGAGGUAAAUACUUUUACAAUUAAUAUAUUAGCCAUAUUAUAUAAUGAUAUUGGUGAAAAAGAUAAAGCAUUAAGUGACUAUAAUCAAGCAAUCCAACUUGAUCCUAAAUAUGUUAAUGCCUAUAAUGGAAGAGGUAAAUACUUUUACAAUUAAUAUAUUAGCCAUAUUAUAUAAUGAUAUUGGUGAAAAAGAUAAAGCAUUAAGUGACUAUAAUCAAGCAAUCCAACUUGAUCCUAAAUAUGUUAAUGCCUAUAAUGGAAGAGGUAAAUACUUUUACAAUUAAUAUAUUAGCCAUAUUAUAUAAUGAUAUUGGUGAAAAAGAUAAAGCAUUAAGUGACUAUAAUCAAGCAAUCCAACUUAAUCCUAAUUGUGCAAUGACCUAUAAUAACAGAGGUAAAUACUUUUACACUUAAUAUAUUAGCCAUAUUAUAUAAAGAUAUUGGUGAAAAAGAUAAAGCAUUAAGUGACUAUAAUCAAGCAAUCCAACUUGAUCCUAAAUAUGUUAAUGCCUAUAAUGGAAGAGGUAAAUACUUUUACAAUUAAUAUAUUAGCCAUAUUAUAUAAUGAUAUUGGUGAAAAAGAUAAAGCAUUAAGUGACUAUAAUCAAGCAAUCCAACUUGAUCCUAAAUAUGUUAAUGCCUAUAAUGGAAGAGGUAAAUACUUUUACAAUUAAUAUAUUAGCCAUAUUAUAUAAUGAUAUUGGUGAAAAAGAUAAAGCAUUAAGUGACUAUAAUCAAGCAAUCCAACUUGAUCCUAAAUAUGUUAAUGCCUAUAAUGGAAGAGGUAAAUACUUUUACAAUUAAUAUAUUAGCCAUAUUAUAUAAUGAUAUUGGUGAAAAAGAUAAAGCAUUAAGUGACUAUAAUCAAGCAAUCCAACUUGAUCCUAAAUAUGUUAAUGCCUAUAAUGGAAGAGGUAAAUACUUUUACAAUUAAUAUAUUAGCCAUAUUAUAUAAUGAUAUUGGUGAAAAAGAUAAAGCAUUAAGUGACUAUAAUCAAGCAAUCCAACUUAAUCCUAAUUGUGCAAUGACCUAUAAUAACAGAGGUAAAUACUUUUACACUUAAUAUAUUAGCCAUAUUAUAUAAAGAUAUUGGUGAAAAAGAUAAAGCAUUAAGUGACUAUAAUCAAGCAAUCCAACUUGAUCCUAAAUAUGUUAAUGCCUAUAAUGGAAGAGGUAAAUACUUUUACAAUUAAUAUAUUAGCCAUAUUAUAUAAUGAUAUUGGUGAAAAAGAUAAAGCAUUAAGUGACUAUAAUCAAGCAAUCCAACUUAAUCCUAAUUGUGCAAUGACCUAUAAUAACAGAGGUAAAUACUUUUACACUUAAUAUAUUAGCCAUAUUCUAUAAAGAUAUUGGUGAAAAAGAUAAAGCAUUAAGUGACUAUAAUCAAGCAAUCCAACUUGAUCCUAAAUAUGUUAAUGCCUAUAAUAACAGAGGUAAAUACUUUUACAAUUAAUAUAUUAGCCAUAUUAUAUAUUGAUAUUGGUGAAAAAGAUAAAGCAUUAAGUGAUUAUAAUCAAGCAAUCCAACUUGAUCCUAAAUAUGUUAAUGCCUAUAAUGGAAGAGGUAAAUACUUUUACAAUUAAUAUAUUAGCCAUAUUAUAUGAUGAUAUUGGUGAAAAAGAUAAAGCAUUAGGUGACUAUAAUCAAGCAAUCAAAAUUGAUCCAUAGUCAAUAAAUCUUUAUUUUCGAAAAGGUUAGAUCUCUAUAUUUGAAUUUUAGGUCUUACUUUAGAUAAUAUGAAUUAAUAUGAACAAGCGAUACACUGCUUUAAUCAAGUGAUUUACCUUCAUCCUUAUCAUGCUGAUGCUUAUUUUUAAAAAGGUUUGGUAUUUAAUAUCAUUUAGCAAUUCAAUUAUAAAAAUUGAACCAAUUUAUUUCAGCCAUAAAAAAUUAUUCUAUAGCUCUAACAUAUAACCAUCCAUCUUAAAAUGAUAUUAAUCAAAAAAUACACUAAUUUAGAGUAUUACAAUGA